AUGACAAGUCAGUUGGAAAGAGUAUGUAGAAGCAUACGGCCUAUUUACGAUUCUGAAAAUCUUCAUUACAGUCGGAUAAUCGAGGAUGCCUCAAAUGGAUUUACUGGCCGAUUCAAAAUCAAUGGGAAGGUACAUAAUCUACCAGUGACAUCUACAGGAGUAUUUCUGUUCACUACCGAUACAAUACCAUAUUGGUUUUCGUCAUCCGCAAUGAUAUUAGUCCACAAUUAUUUUGCUGGAAGUCCAUUUAAAGUGUCAACAUUACAUAAAAAUGGCUCUAUAACUGUACAUUAUCUUGGAUAUAAGUUUGAUCCCUUGUGUAAAAACCUGAACUGUCGACAUGAAGAUAUAGUUUAUGUCGGUGUUAUUCAGAAGUUAGAGUUGGUUGACCCGAACGCAUGGGGCUCGUUUCAGACAGUCAUGGUCCCGUAUGGCGAAGGAAUACCGGGAGCACGACAGAAGAUACCUGGAAAUCUAGUAUGUAGAAUUGAUGAAGAACUUUGA